AUUAAAAGGUAAAAUUAUUUUUAAAAGAUGGCAUAAAAUUAGAUUAUUUCACAUAAUUUUUCCAAAAAAAAUGAGAGGGAGAGAUUAAUAUACUCAAAAAAGCAGCCUCGCAGAGAGUGAAGAUUAGCCGCCGCGCCUCCACUUCUCAGGGGCCACGCCGACUUGUCUGACCACCGUGCCAGCACUGUUCCAGGAGUCUUCAGUUCGCCGGGAAUCUCAUCCAACGAGCGUCUAUUCUUUCUUAUUUAAUCCAGAAGAGGUUACUCGAGGAUUCAAGGUAGUUUGAGAAUUAAAGAACUUUUUCUUCCAUUGCCAUAAAUUCCUUGCAACCUAAAGCAUUUGAAAAAAAGAGAUACAGAGUAGUCAAGUAGCUAGAGAAAGGGAUGCAUUCGGCUUCAGAGAAUGAUACUCCAUCGCCGGGGAUUUUCAUCCCCAGUGAAUGGUGCAAUGCCGCCAAUGCCAUAUCCUGUGAAUCUGUCACUUCUCCGCCAGUGGCCCUCAUAUGCGGCCCCAAAAAUUGUGGCAAGACAACAUUCUCCCGCCACCUCCUCAAUGUUCUUCUCAGAAGGUACAGAAAAGUGGCUUAUUUGGAUACAGAUGUUGGGCAGGCAGAGUUUACGCCACCCGGCUUCCUAUCACUCACAAUAGUUGACAAAAUGCCUGCUGAUAUCAAAGUUCCCUGCCUUAAAACACCAGAGAGGUAUGCACUCCGAGAUUUUUUGCUCCCUCCGCCCCGUUUUAUUGUCCCUACUUUGACUGGGCACUGAGUUUGCAGUAUUUUAGAGGAGAACCACGAUAAAAUGGUACCGACCCAAACAGAAAACAUGCGUGAUAAAUUGGGAGUUGGGACAUAGGGGUAUAAUCUUACACUACCCUGUUUACUGAUGCCAAUAGUUGUCAAACUUUAUAGAAGCAGACGAUUAAAUCCAGAUUGGGAAGGCAAUAUUUGUCAUUAUUACAUUUACAUGACACUUUGCAUUGAUACUUUUUUAUAAAAGUGAUUACAGAUAAAACAUCCCUGCAAGCUUUGAUAUCUAAUUUGCUUUAUGGCCUAAUGCAUUAUGUAGUGGUUCUGAAACAUGCACAAAACUCAGUGGCAUGCUUUAAUAACAUAUACUGUAAUUC